GUUAAUCUCGGGAAGUCUCGCGAGAGUUCCGGGGAGGCCGCGGCGGCGGCGGGAUGGGAGCGCCGAGAUGCCCCGGCACUGCUCCGCCGCCGGCUGCUGCACCCGCGACACCCGCGACACCCGCGGCAGAGGGAUCUCCUUCCACCGGCUGCCGCGCAGGGACGACCCUCGCCGCGCGCAGUGGUUGGAGAACAGCCGCAGGCGGGACCCGGCGGGCGGGGGGCGCUGGGACCCCAGCUCCAAGUACAUCUACUUCUGCUCCCAGCACUUUGAGAGCUCCUGCUUCGAGCUGGUGGGGUACAGUGGCUACCACCGCCUGAAGGAGGGCGCCGUCCCCACCGUGUUCUGUGGGCCCCCCCCCCGAGCCCCCCGACCCCCCCCCGCCGACAGCGACCCCCCAAAACCGCUGCGGGGCACCCGCAGGUGGAGACGCGACCCCCUCCCGUCCCCGCCGGACCCCCCGUUCCCCUCGGACGCCUCCUGCUUCCCGCGGGACACCAAAGACCCCGGCCCGCCCCCGCCGGCCCGCGACCACCCCGGCGGCGUCCCCGCCCUGCCCGGCGCCUCGGGCUCCGUCCCCGAAACGCUGCUGGUGGCCACGGGCGACGAGGAGGCCACGACCACGCCCGCGCUGCCCGAGGGAGCCCCCGGGGGCCCCGCGCCGCCGCCGCCGCCGUCGGUGUUCAUGCUGCGGCUGCCGCCGCGGGCGGGCUCGUACAUCCAGAGCGAGCACAGCUACCAGGUGGGCAGCGCGCUGCUCUGGAAGCGCCGCGCCGAGGCGGCGCUGGACGCGCUGGACAAGGCGCAGCGGCAGCUGCAGGCGGGCAAGCGGCGAGAGCAGCGGCUGCGGCUGCGGCUGGCCGAGCUGCAGAGGGAGAGGAGGGGCGGCGGCGACGGCAGGAGGGGCCACAAGGAGCCGCCGCGGGGCCACGAGGAGCCGCCGGGCGCGGUGGAGGUGGAGGUUGGUGGGGAGGGAGGAGGAGGAGGAGGAGGAGGAGGGAGCUGAGGGAUCGAGGGUUCUGCGGGGCCUGAGGAGCAGCAGGGAGGGCCCGGAGUGUCCCCGAGGAGCCCCCAAGGAGCCCAAGGGUGUCCCCGAGGAGCCACUGAGGAGUCCCCAACCCCCGAGGAGCCCCCAGGGAGCCUCAGGGAGUCCCCAAGGAGCCCUGAGGAGCCACUAAGGAGUCCCCAAGUAGCCCCUCAGGAGCCCCAGAAGUCCCCAGGGAGCCUUAAGGAGUCCCGAGGGAGCCUCAAGGAGCCCCUGAGGAGCCACAGGGAGCCCCCAGAGUGUCCCCAAGGAGUCUUUGAGGAGCCCCCAGGAGCCACUGAGGAGUCCCAAGGAAUCUCAAGGAGUCCCUGAGGAGCCACAAGGAGUCCUGAGGAGCCACCAAGGAGCCACAAGUAGCCCCCUGCAGCCCCCAGGGAGCCUCAAGGAAUCCCCAAGGAGCCCCAAAAAGCCCCCAAGGAGUCCCUGAGGAGCCCUGAGGAGGCCCAAAGAGCCCCCAGGGAGUCCCAAGGUGUCCCCAAGGAGCCCCCAGGGCUGGUGCAGGUGGAGAUUCUCGGGGAUGGGGGAAGAGGCGCCGAGGAACUGCCAGUUCUGCGACGGGAGGUUUGUAAAUAAAAGAUUUUGGCUUUUC